AUGGCGCCUGGAAACGCCAUCAGGCAGGACUGUGGGGAGUUUCAAUGCGAACCUUGUGGAGUGUUUUUCCCUACCUUGGAGGCGAUGUUGAAGCACAAAGCAGAUAAACGCGCAAAUGAUCAAUACGGGCAUGUUCAUUGCCGAUUUUGUGGGAUAGAUUUUGUCACCGAGGAAGGAGAGAAACUCCAUAUCCAAGAGUAUCAUCCUCACAAGCAGAAUCUCGUGUGCCCUGGGUGCAAUCAUGGACCUUUCACCCGCCUCGCUCAGCUGGUUGAGCAUAUUGAGAAAGGCCAUUGCCCAAGACUCUCCGCCGAUACUCUGGACGAUGUCCGCGCAAAGAAGAUGGAAUUUGCUAAGAAGCUGGUGGCUCUCACGAACGAGCCACUGAAGCAUGAUUUCUCCAGUUAUCUUCAAAGCAAGGCUGAGAUGGCGAGUCAGCCAAAGAUAACAAGAGAACCUGAACCCGCCAAAUCCAAGCCAACUAAACCCUUCGCGACAAAGGCCGAGGAAUGGCCUCGCCUCUCAGAAGCAGUUUUUCAAAGGAUGGGCAAGGCUUCUGAGACCUUGUCCAAGGAUAAACAAGCCCCAUCUUUGGAAAGGAAGAAUGCUGCAACCCCAGCCGUAGUUCCUUUGAGCCGCGCGGAGAGUAAUCCGAACAGAUCUUCUAAGACCAACCCUUCGCAAUCAGAGAAGAGUACUUCGGCAAGAACAGAUCCAGAGUCCGAGUUCAUGUCGACCUGGACCCAACUCCCGCUACCGGCCCCCCCAAAUCGUACAACACAGUCAAGCCAGCCAAGCACGAAUAGGAAUGAAUCGGAUAAAACCACCGAUGGGACGGUCAACGACGUGGCCAAGGCUGCGGCAGAUGCAUGGUCUGAAAAAAAGAAUCUAUUCCCCGAUGCAUGGGCUCCCCAAAAACCAAGUCCUAGGCAACUCGAGCGGGCUACAGCACCAAAUGGACGGGCAAUGCACGAUGCAAUGGAUCCAGAUCACCCAAGCCAUCCUCACUUCGAUGCUUCCAGAUACUAUUCUGAAUUUGUUGGGAAGUACACUUGCCCCAAGAUCGAAUGCUCGAAAUGCUUCAAGAAUGCCAGGGCUCUCACCUCGCAUCUGCUUACCGUUCAUGGAAAUAUAUCUUACAACUGUCCCAACUGUUUCAAGAAGUUCUACUCCUUGACAGCCCUGACAGCACAUGUCGAAUCCAGUAGCCAGCGCUGCAACAUUCGCGAAGCAGACGCAUUUGGGGCUUAUGUAGACCAACUCACCGCUGGGUUGGUCGAUGUAUCCAUUGAACGGUACGAAGACGGCACAAACCAAUACGUGACUGUAGAGGCAGCGAAGGAGAAAUUCGGGCCCAAGAAGGGUCCAGAUGGGAAGAAGCACGUUCCAGGAUGGGAGUGA